GCUCCUCUGAGGAUUACGGCGGACGCCGUGGACCGCGGCUCUUGCGGAGGCUGCAGCCAUUGCGCUCCGGAGCAUCCCACAUUCAACAGGAGGAACCCGCCGAGAGCAGCCGGGACCCCCGCGCCGCAGCCGCUGCAGUCCGUGCGCACCUCGGCCCCCAGCAAGCCAUGGCCAAGGAAGGCGUGGAGAAGGCGGAGGAGACCGAGCAGAUGAUCGAGAAGGAGGCGAGCAAGGAGCAGGCGGAGGGCGGCGGAGGCGACGGCUCUCACCGCCUCGGGGAUGCCCAGGAGAUGCGCGCCGUGGUGCUGGCCGGCUUCGGGGGGCUCAACAAGCUAAGGCUGUCCAGAAAGACCAUGCCCGAGCCGCAGGACGGCGAGCUCAAGAUCCGCGUCAAAGCCUGUGGGUUAAACUUCAUUGACCUGAUGGUACGACAAGGGAAUAUUGACAACCCUCCUAAGACUCCCCUGGUACCAGGAUUUGAAUGCUCUGGAAUUGUUGAAGCUCUAGGGGACAGCGUGAAAGGAUACGAGAUUGGGGACCGUGUCAUGGCAUUUGUCAAUUAUAAUGCCUGGGCAGAGGUGGUCUGCACACCAGUGGAGUUUGUUUACAAGAUCCCAGAUGACAUGAGCUUCUCCGAGGCUGCUGCAUUCCCCAUGAACUUCGUCACAGCCUAUAUGAUGCUCUUUGAGGUUGCCAACCUCCGAGAAGGGAUGUCCGUGCUCGUGCACUCGGCUGGUGGUGGAGUGGGCCAAGCUGUGGCUCAGCUAUGUUCUACAGUCCCCAAUGUGACUGUCUUCGGAACCGCGUCUACUUUCAAGCAUGAGGCCAUCAAAGAUUCUGUGACCCACCUCUUUGACAGAAAUGCAGACUAUGUUCAGGAAGUGAAAAGGAUCUCUGCUGAAGGUGUGGACAUCGUUUUGGACUGCUUGUGUGGGGACAACACUGGCAAAGGGCUCAGUCUUCUUAAACCCCUGGGGACCUACAUUUUAUAUGGUUCAUCCAACAUGGUAACUGGAGAGACCAAGAGCUUCUUCAGCUUUGCAAAGUCAUGGUGGCAGGUGGAGAAAGUGAACCCCAUCAAGUUGUAUGAAGAAAACAAAGUCAUCGCAGGGUUCUCCCUCCUCAACCUGCUCUUCAAGCAGGGCCGCUCGGGCCUCAUCCGAGGAGUGGUGGAGAAACUCAUAGGGUUGUACAACCAGAAGAAGAUCAAGCCUGUGGUGGAUUCUUUAUGGGCCCUGGAGGAGGUAAAGGAGGCCAUGCAGCGCAUCCACGACCGAGGGAACAUUGGCAAGUUAAUUCUGGAUGUAGAAAAGACACCGACUCCACUGAUGGCCAAUGACAGCACAGAGACCAGCGAGGCGGGGGAGGAGGAGGAGGACCAUGAAGGCGACAGCGAGAAUAAGGAACGGAUGCCCUUCAUCCAGUAAGCCAGACCUCGGGUCCGAGAACGUGAAGGGCGAUUGAAAGAUGAUGAUCGUCAUGAGAACUCCUCUGUGCCCCAGUGAACAAAUGCUGUAGUCCAGUGUGUGUUGUGUUUGUCUGCAGUCAGCCGAGCUAAGAAGCUGUUGAUCACUGUUGUUUUUUGGAAUUAAGUGCCAAUCCCAUUUCAUGCAGUAUUGUGUCCCUUCUCCGUCUGUGUAUCACAUGCUCCCCUCUCCCUUGUAUCAAACCCAUCCUUCUCGGGUCCUUCUCGACAGUUCUAGAACAGUCUUGCAAAUUAAUGCAAGUCCACAGUGCCCAGACACCGGCAAGGCCAAGUUUGACUGAAAGGUGUUAUCAGAGAGCACUAUCCAGGUCCCAGCAUUUUUCAGGCCAGUGACACUCGUUGCCAGCAAUCAGCCAUGCCUCCAACCCCAAUGCUUGCCAGUUUGGCUGGUGGCAAGAGAGUAGGCCAGGAAGGAUAUUCAUAACCCCAUAAAUGCAGGAUUCUCCAAACAGUAUUUUUCUUUCUCUAAAAGUCCAUCUCCUUGUAAAGUCCAUCCCCGGGUCUUAAGGCCAUAGAUUUGAGCCUCUCUCUGACCCUCUUACAUUUGAUCCUUUCCCUGGUUCUCACUCAUAAACCCAGGGAGCCAGGUGUGUGGUUUUCAGAAUAGGGAUGGGUUAACAACAUGUAUUUAAGGACCAGCUAUAGAGACCUCUCUCCUGAAACCCUCUUGUGGCCAUACACAGUUUAUUUAAAUCCAAAGAAAACUCACCCCAUGUAGGACUAACUCAGAUGUCAUUAAACACUCCUGGGUUCUCACCCUGGCCUUCAGCAUUACCAUGUGUUGUUUUCUAAGUUCCUGGAAAGCACCAUCUUACCCCAAGAAAGAGCUCCCUUGCAGACCAUAUUUGGGGGAGGGGGAAUGAGUGAAUUUAUUUUGCAUUGUCAAAGCAUGUUCCAGCAUGUAACAAGCGUCAGGGAUGCAGAAGGUUGCUGUCCAGCAUCUGAUACCAAAUGCACAGUCCUCCCUCCAAUAUGUAUAACCAUGGUGCUGAUUUUGCAGGGCUCCUUGAAAAUUCAGGCAGCAAACUGCAGAUCACAUACCCCGUUCAACUGUCCAUCUUGAAAGAAACAUCCUCAUCCUAUUUGGCAGGCUUCAAAGUGAGUACUUCAGAGGGAGCGAUGUCUCUGCUUCUCCACAAGGGGCCUCCUCAUGUCCUCCUUCCAGCCCUCCUGUCCUAAGGGUUCACACAUCACUCACAAACCAAGCUAGAUAUAUAUACAAGGAACCCAGGCAGGAAGCACCCAAGCUGGUUUUGCAUUCUGGAAGACCUAAGAGGUUUCCCCCUGCCCUUGAGAUUGACACGUUUCUUUGACUUCUGGAAGACAUAAAAAGGUUCUUGUGACACACGCCUUUAAUCCCAGCACUUGGGAGGCGGAGGCAGGUGGAUUUCUGUGAGUUCAAGGCCAGCCUGGUCUAUAUUGUGAGUUCCAGGACAGCUGGGGCUACAGGGAGACCCUGUCUCAAAAAGACAAAAAAAAAAAAAGGUUCCUGUGUUGUCCAUUUUCUCCACAAAGAAGUCAGAGGGUGGAUCCAGCUCUUCCCCCACGGGAUAAAAACUAGUGCAUUUCAACAGUGACCUGUUUGGCUUCCAAAGAUUUUUUUUGUAACAAGUCUCCCCUCCUUCAUCAUGGUCCUUUUGUCCCUGCCCUAAAUUUGUGAUAAAUUCUUUAUGCCAAAUAUUUACCUGAAGGGAAUCUCUCCUCACUGUGAAUGUACUAAAUAUGAAGAUGGAAAAAAACGCUGCCAACCAAUAAGCUAAUGGGUGAGAAUUCCCAAGAGGGUGCCAAUCACUUAUCUCUCUUUUCUGCCCCAGGAAUGACAAGCAUUCCAGUUCUUGGCUAUCCAAGUGCUAUUACUGGUAAUCAAAGAUAGCAUUCUGGAGGGGCUAAGAGCCACCAGCUCUGUGCCAGCUCUUCUUUAGGGGAUGGGAAACCCGACCCACACCCAGAUGCAGAUGGUCCAUAGCACAUACAGCGGAGAAGCAUGGAAAGUCAGCUCUCCCUAGAUCUUUUUUUUUUUUUUAAACAAGCAGAGUUAAUUGGGUAGUCAUAUGCCUGUCAGUUGUAACCCUCUCUCCUCAGAACACAGAACAAGAAAACUAGUUUGAGGCCAAUAUCACCAUGAGGUACAGGAGGGUGGGUGAGGGACAUUGGACUUGGUCAGUCAUCUCGUGGAGUCUGUUUGCUGAAGGAAGCAUAAAGAGUGUCUCAGUUUGCCGUAACAGAGCUGUGAAGGCUUCUCUAUAGGUUAAGCUUUAUUGGAGUGAACCGAAACAUUGUCUAAUGUGUCUGUGGCUUCAGAGCUUCUGUUAUAUUGUGCCUACAAAGCAAAUUAUGUUUACAUAAAAAUAUAAAUAAAGUAUUCAGCAUAGCAUCA